AUGGCGGAAGAGGAGGCAUCACAGCAGGAAUGGGCGGCGCAGGCCGAGGGGUUCAAGGCGGAAGGCAACAAGCUACUGGCUGAAAAGCGGUACAAAGACGCAGUAGAGAUGUACACGCGUGCGAUCGAGCUGGACCCGGACAACGCCGUGUACUACAGCAACCGCUCGGCCGCGUAUCUCGCGAUGGGCGACGCACGUGGCAAAGCGCUGCAGGACGCAAAGAAGUGCAUUGAGCUCAAAGCUGAUUGGUGGAAAGGAUACAGUCGAAAAGGCGCGGCUGAACAUGCGCUACUGCGCUUUGACGCCGCGCGAGCGACGUUUAAUGAGGGACUGCGGCUGGAUCCGGAGAAUCCGUCGCUUCUGCAGGCGUUAGAAGAGGCGUAUGCAGCUGGACAGAGUUAUAGCAAGCGAUUGAGGGAACAGGAGCGACUGCGGGUGGAGCAAGAGGAGAAGGAGCGACAGUAUGAAGCAGCGGAGAAGGAACGGAGGCUGAAGGAAGCAGAGCAGGAGAAGAAGGAGAAGGAAGAGGAGAAGCCGAAAGACGAAGACGUGCUCUUGGCAGAGUUCAUGUCGGAAGUGCAGGAGCUGGAGGAGAGUGCCAAUUGCAUUAAGAAAGAUGUGGACGGUGAGGAAGCUCAGGAGAGGAAGAGGGAGAAGAAGGUCGUGGAGUUUGGCACGUCUGACGGGCAGAUUGAGCGGUUGCUGCAGCCGCAUUUCAAGUGGAUCAACUUGAAUCCUUUCAGGGUGCUCAUGCUCGAUCUGGACGCCACAGAAGAGGACAUGAAGCAGCAUUACCGGAAGAUAUCGACUUUGGUACACCCAGACAAGUGCCGCAACGAUAAAGCUCGCGAAGCUUUCGAAGAGGUGACGAAGGCGUACAACCUCAUCACACAGGAAGACCGGCGGAAGAUGUGUAUUCGCACGAUCGAGAAUGCGACACUAGAAGUCAAAAAGGACCGCCGCCGGAAGAUCAAGAAGGGCAUCAAAGAAUGCGAUUUGGGUGAUCUGGACGAGGCCGUGGAAAAAGCUGUGCUGCGCUCGUUCGCCGAGAUUGAGAAUCGUCGCGUGAAUAUUGAGAAGCGUGAAGCGGCGCAGCGGCGACGCGAGGCAGAGCAGGAGGAAAAGGAGCACGCGAAGGUUGUGGAUAUGUUCAAGCGAGAGCGCUCAUGGGCAGAGAUGGACCGCCGGGAUCAGCGCGUCGGUAGUUGGCGGUCGUUCCAGAAAGGAGGCAAACGGCGGAAAGAAGUGGAUGCACAAGGAUGGAAAGAAGAAACACGGGAAGAGAAGAAGUUCGGCGAGGUAGACAAUGAAGCUUACAAGAAAGGAUGGAAAUAA